CCUACAAACUUAAUAAAUGAAAAAAAAAAAAUAGUGUUUAAUGAUAAAUCGAAUCGAGUACUUGUGUAUUAGAAUACAAUACGUUUUGUGGAUCAAGAUGUUCUUGUGGUUGUUAACAGUUUGUAUGUUACAAAGCACCGUACAGGCAAGUUACGAGGUAGUAUUCGAAGAUGCUGAAUGUUUCGAUAUAAACGAAAAAUAUGUAAAGGAAUGUGAAAUAAAUGUAGACUACGAUAGUACAUAUGGAUCUAAAAUGGAUGCGUAUCUGGAAAUCCUUGAAAUUCCUAAUAAUUUUAUCGAAGUGACAGUUGAUACGUUCACCACUCAAAUGGGUGAAUAUACACUUCCUAUGGCACUUCACUUAGAAGGUGAUUUAUGCAAAUUUGCAGAAGACAAAAAUUCUAUAGGAUAUUUAUUUAUAAAGUCAAUAAAUAUAAAUACUUGUCCUCCACAACCAGGAAUUUACAAACAAGAAAGAUAUGUACUUGAUAACAUGGAUGCUUUACCACCUUCAUUUCCCGAAGGUCAUUAUUUAUUAAAUGCAACGUUAUCAUCUAGUGAUAUCAUAUUAUUUCGUAUUAAUUUAUAUGUAAGAGUAUAUUAAUUAAUUAUUAAAACAUAAUUGUACGAAAAUACCAAAAUAAAUUGACAGCAUAUAUUAAUUAA